UUCGAUCGACAUCUUAUCGUACAUUGAAUUCCAUAUCGAAGUCUAUAUAAGACUUUUUCGAUGCCAUUUUCACCAGUCUGUAGUGAGUACCCGCUGCAAACAAACUAUUCAUUAUGUCUGCCGAACAAUCUCACCAAACAACCAUGAUUCAACUCGGAGGCACCACAGUAGGAAUGACGCUUCAACGUACGAGUGAAGUCCACGUCACCACCGUAACUACCACCCAGAUAGUCAACAACCAGACUGGCGCAAACAUGAAUAGUACCGUGGUACUCACCAGCCAGCACGCCAGCGAGGUACUUAGCAAAGUCGAAAAUGUACAUCUGCCUGGUCACUCAUCGAUGCUUGUUAUGAGUCAGCCUCCCAAGCAAGGUGGAGAGAAGGACUACUUCCUUGUUUCCAAUCAUGGAGAUGUAAAACUUGAUGCAGAGGUUAUACAUAUGGAAAUGAUGGUACAUCUUGGACCAAGUCAUCUUGUAACUAUUCUACCUGGCCAGAGCCACACGUUCGAUCUUAGUGGUGUCCACUUCCGCAAUGCUCUUCUCAAAGUUACAAAUCAUGAAGAAGGACAAGCUGUAUUUUCCGCUGAAGGUGGUAAUGUACUAAAAGACUUCGAACAGAAUGUACAAAAACUCGAUAAUGAAGUCCAGGUUCUACAAAAAGUUGAAAACUUCCAUUUGGCUGGUCAUUCUUCAGUGCUCGUCAUGACUCAACCUCCUAAACAGGGAGCGGGAGAAACAAAAGAUCAAUUCCAAGUUACAAAUAAUGGAACUGUUAAAAUCGAAGCAGAGGUUACUCAUGUUGAAAGGAUGGUACACCUUGGACCACGUCAUCUAGUAACUCUUUUGCCUGGCCAGAGCCACACUUUCGAUCUCAGUGGAGUUCACUUCAAUAUGGCUGUCUUAGAGGUGAGAAAUCAUGAGGAUGGAGAGGCUGUAUUCUCUGCUGAAGGUGGAAAUGUUGUUCAAAAUAUGGAGGGAAUUGUACAAAAAAUACCUUCAACUGAGCAGGUUCCACAGAGAGUCGAAAACGUACGUCUCGCUGGUCGUUCCUCUAUGAUCGUUAUGCGUCAGCCUCCCAAACAACAAAGUGAAGAAGGAAGACAAGAUCAUUUCAUGGUUUCUAACACAGGAAAUGUUAAAAUUGAUGCUGAGGUUAUCCAUGUUGAAAGGAUGGUACAUCUUGGACCAAGUCAUAUUGUCACUGUUUUACCUGGCCAGACCACCACAUUAGAUCUUACUGGUGUUCAUUUCCGCAAUUGUCUUCUUAAAGUUACAAAUCAUCAAGAAGGAGAAGCUUUAUUCUCCGCUCAAGGUGGCACUGUUCUAAAAGAUUUCGAAAAUACUGUACAGAAACUCGAAAACGAAGUCCAAGUUGUACAAAAAGUUGAGAACUUCCAUCUUGCCGCUCAUUCUUCGGUGCUGGUCAUGACUCAACCCCCUAAAUUGGGAUCAGCUGAAAGAAAAGAUCACUUCCAAGUUACAAAUAACGGAAAUGUUAAAAUUGAUGCUGAGGUUAUCCAUGUCGAAAAAAUGGUACAUCCUGGACCACGUCAUCUCGUAACCGUUUUGCCUGGCGAGAGCCACACUUUCGAUCUUAGUGGAUCUCACUAUAAUAUGACUGUCUUACAGGUAACAAAUCAUGAGGAUGGAGAGGCAGUAUUCUCUGCUGAAGGUGGAAAUGUUAUUCCCGAUAUGGAGCAAACCAUCCAAGAAGAACUUCCAGAACACGUUGAACAUAAAGUCGACAACGUACAUUUGGCUGGUCAUUCUUCAAUGCUUGUUAUGAGUCAACCUAUCAACGAAGGUGAAGAAGGAAGGCAGGAUCAUUUCCUUGUUUCUAACAAGGGAAAUGUUAAAAUUGAUGCUGAGGUUAUCCAUGUCGAAAGGAUGGUACAUCUUGGACCAAGUCAUCUUGUAACUAUUCUACCUGGCCAGAGCCACACAUUCGAUCUUACUGGCGUUCACUUCCGCAGAGCUCUUCUGAAAGUUAUAAAUCACGAAGAAGGAGAAGCUGUAUUCUCUGCUCAAGGUGGUAAUGUUCUAAAAGACUUUGAGAAAACUGUACAAAAACUGGACCACGAUGUCCAGGCUGCACAAAAGGUUGAAAACUUCCAUCUUCCCGCUCAUUCUUCGGUGCUCGUUAUGUCUCAACUUCCCAAACAGGGAACAGAAGAAAGAAGAGAUCACUUCCAAGUUACAAAUAACGGAAAUGUUACAAUUGAUGCUGAGGUUACGCACGUUGAAAGAAUUUUGCACCUUGGACCACGUCAUCUAGUAACUCUUUUGCCUGGACAGAGCCACACUUUUGAUCUUAGUGGAACUCACUUUAAUAUGGCUGUCUUAAAGGUGAGAAAUCAUGAGGAUGGAGAGGCUGUAUUCUCUGCUGAAGGUGGAAAUGUUCUUGAAGAUAUGGAGAAAAACAUACAAAAACUACCUCCAAGUGAGCAGGUUAGACACAAAGUCGAAAAUGUUCGUCUCCCUGGCCGUUCCUCAAUGCUUGUUAUGAGACAACCUACUAGAAAUGGUGAAGAGCAAAGGCACGAUCAGUUCUUUGUUACUAAUAAGGGAAAUGUUAAAAUUGAUGCUGAGGUUACUCAUAUCGAAAGGAUGGUACAUCUUGGACCAAGCCAUCUCGUAACUAUUCUACCUGGCCAGAGCCAUACAUUCGAUCUUAGUGAUUUACACUACCGUAAUACUCUCCUAAAAGUUAUAAAUCAUGAAGAAGGAGAAGCUGUAUUUUCCGCUGAAGGUGGUGAUGUUUUAAAAGCCUUUGAAACGACUGUACAGAAACUCGAAAAUGAAGUUAAGGUACCACAAAAAGUUGAAAACUUCCAUCUUCCCGGUCAUUCUUCGAUGCUUGUUAUGACUAGCAUGCCUUGUCCGACAAUUAAAGAAAGACACUUCCAAGUUACAAAUAAUGGAAAUGUGAAAAUUGAUGCUGAGGUUACUCAUGCUGAAAGGAUGGUACAUCUUGGACCACGUCAUCUUGUAACUCUUUUGCCUGGCCAGAGCCACACUUUCGAUCUUAGUGAUGUUCACUUUAAAAUGGCUAUUUUAAAGAUGUAUAAUAAUGAAGAUGGAGAGGCUGUGUUCUCCGCUGAAGGUGGAAAAGUUCUUCCCGAAAUGGAGAAAAGCGUACAAAAAGUAGUUCCAAGUGAGCAAGUUCAACAGAAAGUCGAAAAUGUACAUCUAGCUGGUCAUUCCUCAAUGCUUGUUAUGAGUCAGCCUCCCAAACAAGGUGAAGAAGAAAGGAAAGAUCAUUUCCUUGUUUCUAACAAAGGAACUGUUAAAAUUGAUGCUGAGGUUAUCCAUGUCGUAAGGAUGGUACAUCUUGGACCAAGUCAUCGUGUAACUAUUCUGCCUGGUGAGAGCCAUACAUUUGAUCUUAGUGAUGCACACUUCCACAAUGCUCUUCUUAAAGUUACAAAUAAUGAACAAGGACAAGCUGUAUUUUCAGCUGAAGGUGGUAAUGUUCUAGAAGAUUUCGAACAGACCGUACAAAAAUUCGAAUAUGAAGUCCAGGUUAUGCAAAAAGUUGAAAACUUACAUCUAGCUGGUCACUCUUCGAUGUUGGUUAUGACUAGUUCCAAACAGGAGGGUGCACAAGAAAGACACUUCAAAGUUACUAAUAAUGGAAAUGUUAAAAUUGAUGCAGAGGUUACUCAUGCUGAAAGGAUGGCACACCUUGGACCACGUCAUCUCGUAACCCUUUUGCCUGGCCAGAGCCACACUUUCGAUCUUAGUGAAACUCACUUUAAGAUGGCUAUCUUAGAGGUGAGAAAUCAUGAGGAUGGAGAAGCGGUAUUCUCUGCUGAAGGUGGAAAUGUUGUGCACCAAAUGGAGGAAAGCGUAAAACCAGAAGAAGUUCCAAAUGAGCAUGUAGAACACAAAGUGGAAAACUUUCAUCUAGCUGGUCAUUCGUCGGUCAUGGUUAUGACUCAACCCCCCAAACAACAAGGUGAAGAAGAGAGAAAGGAUCAAUUUAUGGUUUCCAAUAACGGAAAUGUCAAAAUUGAUGCUGAAGUCAUCCAUAUCGAAAGAAUGAUCCAUUUAGGACCAAGCCAUCAAAAAACUCUCUUGCCUGGCGAGAGUCAUACUUUUGAUCUCAGCGGUGCUCACUUCAGAUUAGCUGUUCUUAAAAUUACAAAUCAUGAAGAUGGGGAAGCCGUUUUUUCUGCCGAGGGCGGUAAUGUUCUGAACGGUUUUGAGAACAACGUACAGAAAGUUGAACAUGAAACAGAAGUUGUACAUAAGGUUGAGAACUUCCACCUCCCAGCUGACUCCUCAGUGCUCGUUAUGACUCAACCUCCCAAACAAGGAAAUGCAGAGAGAAAGGAUUAUUUCCUUGUAAGCAACAAUGGAAAGGUCAAGAUCGAAGCUGAGGUUACUCACGUUCAAAGAAUUCUACACCUUGAACCACGUCAUGUGGUAACUCUUUUGCCUGGCCAGGGCCACACUUUCGAUCUCAGUGGAAUUCACUUUAAUAUGGCUGUCUUAAAGGUGAGAAAUUAUGAGGAUGCGGAAGCAGUCUUUUCAGCAGAAGGUGGCAACGUUCUUCCUAAUUUAGAAAAAAAUGUACAAAAAUUAGAACACGUUGAACACAAAGUCCAGAACGUUCGUCUACCAGCUCACUCAGCCGUGCUUGUUCUAGCUCAACCAGAAAAAGAGAACGAUGACCAUAGGAAGGAUUAUUUCCGUGUUAGCAACAACGGAAAUGUCAAGAUUGAUGCUGAGGUUGUCCAAAACGAUCUUCAACCACCACAUACCAAAAGCCUUCUACCUGGCGAGAGCCACACCUUUGACCUGAGCGGUAAUCAGUUCCACCUAGCUCAUCUGAAAGUAUCCAACCUUGAAGAUGAAGAAGCUGCAUUCUCCGCCGAAGGAGGAAACGUUCUUCACGAUUUCCUAAAUAACAUCCAGAAGGUAGUAUCCGAGAAGCCCCAACAUAAACUCGAUCAUUUCCUUUUGCCUCCUAGAAGAACUGUUUUGGCAUUAUCCCAGACCGGUGUUCAAGGUGAAGAAAACAAUAAGUACACAAUUACCAACCAUGGACCCGCUGAUCUUUUUGCUGAAGUUGUUCACAUGAAUCACAUCUACGAUGCUCCUCAUUGGUACGUCGUCAGGCCAGAAGAAACCACUGAAAUUCCAAUAAACGAGCAUCUUCAACGCAAUAUUUUACGAUUGACCAAUAACAGUUACAAAGACGAAGUAGUCGUCAGUGCUGAAGGUGGUCACGUUCUUCAAGGUAUUGAGCAAAACAUUGAACAACUUUCAAUGACAGAUAGCACAGGAACUGUAUUAACUAAAGUAGAGAACUUCUCGUUGCCUCCAAGAACCCACAUCGUUGCUUUGAGUCAAAAUGUUGAAGGAAGCAACGAACAUCCUGGAAGGUUUACUGUAACUAACCAUGGUAAAGCUCCUUUUGAUAUUGAGUUGAAACGUACAUCACCUGUUCAAACACUUGACCUUCAUCUCAGAACAGUUCAGCCUAAUGCAACUGAAUAUUUUGAACUCACCGCCCAAUUCCAAAAUACCGUGUUGGAAGUUAUCAAUACCAGCCAUACUGAAACCGCAGUAUUUACAGCCGAAGGAGGGGAUGUUAUGCAUGAUCUCCAAGAUGAAAUUAAAAAACUCGACGUUCAAGAACAAAGUACACUGGACAAAAUUAUAGAUUCCUUAGCAAACCUUCGACUAAAUGCACGCUCACGAGUUUUGGCUUUGGUAUAUGAUCCCAAAGAUAUAACAUCAGCAGGAGAAAAAGGUUUUACUAUUACUAACCACGGACAAUACGACAUAGAAGCCGAGGUUGUUUAUACCGACAGAGAUGACCGUGACAAAGAUCAACUUAAAGUCAUCAAACCAAAUGAAACUGUAUUGAUUGAGCACGUUAAAGAUGCUGGAAAGGCAGUAUUAAACAUCUUAAACAGAAGUUACAAGGAAUUGGGAAAUAUUACUGUCAAGGGAGGCAGAGUAAUUCACGAACUUGAACGAAAAGUAAAGAAACUGGCAUCUGACAACGAAGUAGUCCUAGAAUUAGAUCGUUUCCACUUGGCACCUAACUCUUCGGUGGUUGUUAUGCACCAAAUUGGUAAAUACAAACGAAGAUUCGAAAACUUUGGUCUAACACUUAGAUCUAAACUUGGCGGCCUUCAAAAAUCCAUCCAAGGGGUAUAUCAUAAACUUGAAGGAGAAGGUGAGCAACCUCAAGGAGAGAAUCAGGAACAGGAAGGUGAACAUCAACAAGAUGAACACCACAAAUUUGUGGGAGUACAGGAUAAACAAAUUCAACGUAGACAAGUUCUUCACGAUAGAUAUACCAUCACUAACUAUGGAUACAACCCAAUUACUGUUCAGAUCGUUCACCUAACAAAAGAAGACGCCGAUGAUGAAGUGCUUCGUAGCCAGGUCGUCAAACCUAAUGAAACUCAGGAGCUCCUUCUUGAAGGCAUAGAAUCGUCUUCGCUGAAGGUUAUCAAUGAAAGUUCAAAGGACAUUGCUAUUUUCUCUGCAGAAGGAGGAGAGGUCAUUCCCGGAGUUGAACAUUUGAUUAGACAACUGCAGAGAAGAGAAUGUAUGAAAAGUGUUUUGUGGCGUUCCAGACGUGAACGAAGAGUUUAAAUAAUGUGUACAAUAAUUUGAUUAAAGUUUUUUUUAUAAGUAAAUAAAUACUCUACAGACA